AUGAUGGAAGAGUGUAAGUUGUUUUAUUUCUCCGGACAAGAGACCACUUCAGUACUUUUUUCUUGGAUAAUGCUUUUGUUAAGCCAACACCAAGAUUGGCAAGCUCGUGCACGAGAGGAAGUGAUGCAAGUUUUUGGCGAUAAAACCCCUGAUCUAGAAGACAUUAACCAACUCAAAGUUGCUAUAUCCUCCAGCCAUCGAAAUGAUCGAGCGGUCCACAAAGAGACAAAACUAGGCGAUCUAACACUACCAGCCGGUGUUCAAGUCCAUAUGCCUAUUUUGCUAAUCCAUCGUGACACUAAGCUCUGGGGCGAUGAUGCAGCUGAGUUCAAGCCGGAAAGGUUCAAAGACGGGAUCUCAAAGGCAACAAAGAACCAAGUAUGCUUUUUGCCCUUUGGUUGGGGACCAAGGACCUGCGUUGCUCAGAAUUAUGCGCUAUUGGAGGCAAAGAUGGCCAUGGCAUUGAUUUUACAGAGAUUCUCCUUGGAGCUUUCUCCUUCUUAUGUUCAUUUGCCUUACAAAGUCAUCACUAUCCACCCAAAGUUGGGUGCUCCUAUUAUCCUGCACAAGCUAUGA